UAAGUCUUCUUCCCAUGUGAAAAAAAGAAAAGUCCUCUCUUCUGUAUAUAUUUUUAGUUCUCAGCGUUUUCUUUUGAUUUUGUGUCUUCUUAUUUAGAUGUUUUAGGAGCUCAGUUGUGAAAAUUUUUCUUGGGUGUUCUGUGGAUUUUCUUGCUUUCAUCAAUAUCGUAGAACUACGAUGUUUCUGUAUAUGUGGCACUGUCUACUUUGGUUUGGAAUCAUGGGUUCCUGAAUUUCAUCUUCUUGAUCUGAGAUAUAGUAAUUGAAUUUAUGAAAUUUGUUCUUCAAUUUGCCAAUCCCCAGAUCUGUCUCUGAGAAAAUUUACAAAACAAUUAAGCUGCUGUAAUGGAUGUCUCAUCAGCCAAAUGGUUAACAGAACUGGGAAUAGAGGAUCCCACCUUCAUACAUCAAUAUCAGAUGCAGUCUUUUGGUAACCCAGUUGAUCAUGGCUUCAAUUUUCAGUCUUUUUCCUCUGAUAGCUACUCAUCUUACCUAUCUUUCAGUCCCAAAACCACACUCAGUUCAGCCGUCGAAAAUUUUCAGACUGACAUAGAGAGGACUGCAAAACAGUUGAAGACCAAUAGUUGGGAGUCUUCCACCUCCAACCGUAUCACUCCUAAAGCAUCUUCAUCUUCCUCCUCCCAACUGCUUUCUUUUGGGAACUCAAAUUCACCUCUACCAACUGAUGUCCAGAACUUCCAUGAAAAUCUAGACUGCACCGUGAAGCCAAAGGACGAAGCUGCAUCUCACGGAAAUAUGAAUUUCGCAUCUGUGAUUUCGAAGAGCUCAUAUGGGAACCAAAACCAUGGCCAUGGGACCAAGAGGGUUGGUACUCCAAUAACUAGGAACCCUUUAAACAACCAGGAUCAUGUAAUAGCUGAGAGAAAGCGCCGAGAAAAGCUUACCCAGCGGUUCAUAGCUCUUUCAGCCAUUGUUCCAGGCCUUAAAAAGACGGACAAGGCUUCUGUCCUCGGAGAUGCUAUCAAGUACUUGAAACAGCUCCAAGAACGCGUGAAGACUCUCGAGGAACAAACGACAAAGAAAACAGUGGAAUCAGUUGUCUCAGUGAAGAAAUCUAAGCUCUCUGAUAAUGAUCAGAACCCUGAUAGCUUCUCCGACCAACCACUCCCUGAAAUUGAAGCUAGAGUUUCAAACAAGGAUGUGCUCAUUAGAAUCCACUGCGUGAAACAAAAGGGAUUUGCUGUGAGAAUACUUGGCGAAAUCGAGAAGCUUCGUCUAAGAGUCGUCAAUAGCAGUGUCUUACCGUUUGGGGAUUACAUUAUGGAUAUCACUGUCGUUGCUCAGAUGGAAGAUGAAUUCUGCACGACUGCAAAGGACCUCGUCAGAAACCUCCGACUUGCCUUUCAACACUUCAUGUGAACUGAAGAACCAAGUCCUCAUUUUGUUGGUUGCGGACUGCUUUUCUUUUUAACCUUCAAUCCGUCUUCCUUUCCUUUUAGGCUCAACCACCAGUUACCUCUUCAUCUCCACACCUCCUGAGAGAAAUAAAGGCCUGUAAAAAACUUUCUUCACCUCACACCACCGGCCAUCAUCAUCAUGGCACUUUCGCUCCCGGGCUUCAGUUUUGAGUUUCUGUGUUUUUUCCUGGUUGACCCGCUGACCAGGUUCAAUUUCCCCACGUGGCAUAAAAGAGGCCCGCAGCCUUUUUGGAGGAUAUUUGAGAGGAGGAUUCACACUUGACUAAAAUCCUCUUUUUUUUUUCCUUCUUUUUCAUUGUAUUAUACGAACGAGUGGUCGCUUGCCUUCUCGGGGUCCCAUGUGUUUACUUGUAAGGAAUUUAAUAAAUGCGAUCUUAUUCGAUA